AUGUCCGCCGAAUCUCAAUCUUCUGUGCCUGCUUCCUUCCAAAACCCCAAUCCCCUGGUCUCGACGGGUGCCUCCCCGCCAGAGGAAAAUUCGGGGGCAGAAGGCACCGUCGUUGAAGAACCACGCGACAAGUCGGCUCCGGCGCGCUUGAUACCAUCCCUUACCUUGGCCGACGACGCCAUCGUGGUUCACGCUGUCCCCGUUCCCCCCAGUAACAGGGACCAAGAAGGUGAUCCAUCCGCCAAGGAAAAAAGGCAACCUGAUGCCAAAGAAGACUUGAUCGCCCAGCCUGAGCAGGAUGCGCCCAAUCGCAGAGUCACUCGAAGCCGUGCUCAGUCUUCUCAGACCUCCAACACAUCCAAAACUAAUCUACCGACUCCAAAACGAAAACAACCGGCAAAAAGUAAACAAUCUCGUCGUCCUUCAAACGACCACAACGCCAGCGAACACAACGGCGUCACCCAAGGUUCUCCGGGUCACGUUGCAACCUGCCAUGAUGCUCCCAACUCCUUAAUGCCCGCCCUACCGAUACAGGGAGACUCCUCGUCGGGUUCCCUGACCUUCGCCCUUCCGCUGGCUCCCGCGGUUUCGAAUAGCACCGUAGAACCAUCAACCACCGCUACCGACGACAACGCUCCUUCUCCGCGAACUGAAGAUGUCCCCUCCCGCGUGCUUCACCAAACGUCUUCUGAAGCCCUUGGCGAAGGCGGGAGUGUUAGGAGGGUCCGCCUCCUUGUCGCCAGCCCCGGCCUCCAACACCACCCAACGCUGGGGCCCCCUCCAGGUCCCCCAGGGCCUGAGGCGAUACGACGGACGAACUCUUUGAUUGAGUCGAUAGAACCCGUUAUCAGGCAAAUCGAGAGGGAUCACGUCGACAGCAAUGAACAAGAGCCUAUUGAGGUACCCGAUGUACUCGAGGACUCCUCCGACUGCGACGAUUACUUACAGGUACUUGCUGCCAACGUUGAACCUUUAAUUGACGACGAAGCAGAAGAUGAUUGCGACGAGGAUGACGAUGAAAGUGAACACAGUGAGCCUAACGAUUACGAUCGCACCGAUCCCUUCAUAAACGAUGAACCCUCCUCGGACCAUAAUGCAGAAGAUGACGACGACGAUACACCUAGGAAACGGUACAUAUCUCGACUGCUGAGGUUAAUGCAAUUCACCGAUGUUGACCUCCUCAGGUCUUCCAAUAAUCGUCCAACACGACCACGCAAGCGCUCCCGCCGAGUGCCUUCGUCCUCGCGAUCACCCUCUCCCUCGCAUGACUCCGCCGAGGAAGACGAAGCAUGUUCCCGCCAACGUAGUGCCGCUAAAUCCAACAAGCGACACCGAGAGCGAAGAAGACGAGACCGAUCCCGACGAUCAUCUCGCUCACACCGACGAAGCCGUCGUCAUACGAAGCGCCGCCGCUCCCCCUCCUCAUGCUCCUCAUCGUACUACGACUCGGACUCUGCAUCGUCCGCAAGCGACGAAUACAUCCCACGCCGUUCUAAGAGGUCCCGCGUCGAUGGAAGUGACGAGGUAGUAGCAAGUCGUCGACAAACAGGGCCGAGCCAGUCUCAGAAAGACGCAACGCCCGCCAUUGCAAAUUCCCCCGCUACACCCUCCAACUCCCUCGCAACACCAGAAACGAUCUCUGUGAACGAUCAAAAGCGACGGGAGGCUAUCAGACAGGGCAAGACCAAGGCCCGCGAUCCCCACGAGGACGACAGCGCCUCUCCGGACACCAUCGUUGCUAAUACGAACGACGAGGACGACCCUCGAACGAGAGACCUCAUAAGGCGUGCCAUCGAAGAGUCCCGGCGUUUGUGGGAAGAAUCCCUUUACAAGGCGCAACUUGAGGCAUUUUCUGCCACUCUAAUGUCCUCGCAUCAUGCGCCUCUCUCGGUACCAGGUCCCUCCAACAGACAGCUCCCCGUACCUUCCACACCUUUCUCAUAUAUGGCCGCCGCAUCCUUGCCAACACCCCUCUUGACUCCUUCGCCUGUCCAUACAUCGAACGUUCCUUCGAUAGCAAUGUCCAAGCCGGUGCCCCCUGUUACUCUGCCGGGAACUCCUUCAACGCCUACAGCAUCGAAUGCACCAAAUGAUGGCCCGAAUGUGACGCUCAAAAAGCGCAAGGGUCCCGUUCCCCGCCCGAAACCUCUGGUUUCCGCUGCUCCCAAAACGAAGCCGCCGUCCCGAGCCCUCCAAAAUCCCGGCCCCUCAACUGGUAGCGCUACGUCCAAGCCGUCCCCCAGCGCGUGGGUCUCUGCCCCCUCCGAAUGCGGGCAUUCAAAACCUGACGUCGUAUCCACUACUUCGGGCAGACAAUCGUCGUCAUCUACCCAAACGCCGGAUCCUGCUUCAAGCUCAACUUCUUCCAACCCUCGAAGAACAUUCAAAGAUGCUAUGCGGGGACGCCCUGCCUCGUCAAAGGCCAGGGAUCUCUGGGACUUGCCUGGAAACCUUCCGAAAUGCCGCCCUCCCAACGUCUGCGGAGUCAAGCCGACCAUGGACCGAGACGCUGUACUGGAAGAGGGCUACGGGGGCCUAGAGAACAGUCUCCAGCCGGCUGUUUUCACCAAGUGGACGAAGAGCAAGGGUCCGGGGUACUUUGUUUUCGCCCACUGGGGUGAACAAUGCCCCGACCUGUACGAAGGGCUUCUUUUGCGCGCUGUCACGUUCGUUCGCCACAAGGCCAUGGUGAACUUCUGCCGGGCGCCAACGACAUUAUUCACCGCAAAGAAACAGGGGACGAAGAAGGGCCGUUACCACGUGUACAUCGGUAAUCGUCCUGCCGUCGGUCUGCUGUUGGGUUACCUCGACAAAUCACAGCUCUGUGAGCCGGAUGGGAAGGAACUUCGUCAAAAAUUCGUCAACAUUAUUCCUAUGCUUGGGGAAUUCGACAUGUACCAGGCGGCUAUCUGCAACAUUCUACACUCCUCAACUCUUUCGGCGCAACUCGGUAUGAACGCUCUUCAGAUCGCGACGAGGACGAACUUUGCUCUGGGAGACACCCGAACAGGCAAAAGCCAUUUGUUUUCCAGAGGAGCUCGAGAAAAGGAGGACGACAACGAAGGGGACACGAACGUCAGGACUAACGGCUUUUCUUUGGACAACACUGCCGACGUACCGGUAUACGAUUUGCGCGAGCACCCCGACUUCAACUUUUCCUCCGAUUUGGAUAACGUUCACAAGCUGCCCCGGUGGGAAGAAGAGAUCCCUGUGGGAUCCUGUGUAGUCGUGGCUCACACCGUGGGCACCUACCUGUCACCAAGUACAGGCAAGAAACACGUCACCUUCAACAUCCAAUUCGUGCUACUUCUCGCUUUGCCGGCUCCUGUCGAGGAGGCCUUGUCCGAGGUCGAAGAUGGCCAAGACGAUGGGGAGGUUGCGGAUGACGAUGGUGACUGUGAGGCGGUAAACGAUACAGAUUGA